UGUAUAAAUCCAUAAGCUCUAGCUAGCUGAAUAAAGUUAUGGAUCAACUGGAAAAACUUGAAACCAGCACUCCAAUAAGUUCCUCAGCUGAUAAGUUUUUCAAUUUUUUCAGAAAUGAUAUGAAUCAGCUUUUGAAUUUAGUUCCUGGCAACUUCCAAAGUGUUGAGCUGAUUCGUGGAGAGGAUGGCUCUGUUGGUGCUGUCAAGCGCUGGAAAUAUGUCCUCGGAGAGAUUUCACUAAGUGUGGACUUGGAGACAGUGGCGAUAGAUGACGGUGCAAGAUCUAUUACCUUCAAGGCAGUUGAAGGAGAUGUUUUGAUGCUAUACAAGGCGUAUGAGUUCACAAUUGCGGUGAAUGAUGGGUUGGUGGUGUGGACCAUCUUCUACGAGAAAGCCUUCAUAGCUGCCCCUCCUCCGGAUGCUUAUGCUGCCUUUGCCAUCAUGGUUUCUAAGUUGGUGGAUCUUUACCUUCUCACCCAUUAAUAAACAAGAAAAACAAGUUUAGUCCACGAAAUUGGGUUCGAAUCCCACUAUGGAUAUGCAAUAUUAUUUUACUACAUAGUAGGUAUUUGUUGUUUACUGUAAUAGUAAGCACAUGUUAUUUAGAUUUCACUUAUAUGAUAUUGUUGAUUACGAUAUAAUUGUUAUAAUUGUCUAGAUUUUGAUGUUUGAAAUAAA